GGGCGACGCUGUGAGCUGGAUGAAUCCGGCGUUCGUGAGCCUGGACGUGCGCGGAGACACGGGGAGGCCCAAUGCCUCUCCCCGCGCCGCAGUCAUCCCGCUCGUUCGGCUGAACAACCGCUGCAACGCGACGCUGCGCGUGCGAGUCAUGGACCCCGACGGAGACCACGUUCGCUGCUCCUUCGGGGACCCCUUUGGAGUCCCCCACGGGGGGGUCCCCCCACGAGGGGGUCCCCCAUGGGGUCUCGGAGGGCUCCAUCGAGAACGCCGUCAUGGACUCUGACGCGUGCGAGAUCCGAGUCGGCCCCCCGGUGCUGUACCCCGCGGGACGCUUUGCCGUCGUGAUGACCGUCUCGGACUUCUCGUCGCCGGGGGGAGCCCCACUGUCGCUCGUGCCGCUGCAGUUCCUGCUGGAAUUCGUGGAGUCGUCCUUGCCGUGCUCGUCGGAGCCGACGUUCAUCCCGGACUCCCCACCCCACGGCGCUGAGCUCUCCGCCACCAUCGCCCGCGUCUUCACGAUGGACAUCCAUCUCGCGGUGUCGGCGGGGUCACCCAGACGCAGCCACCCCUCCCGCCCGGGGGUUUUCAUCUCCACCGUCACGUGGACCCCGCGACCCCGUGACCUGGGAUCCAACUGGCUCUGCCUCUACGCCGAAGACUCGGAGGGGCGACAGUCGGAGGUGCGCUGCGUCGACGUGGUCGUGAAGGCGGCAGGUGACCUGGACGUGGUGUGUGCCGGCGAGCGCAUGUGCGUCACGAUGCGCCGCGAGGCCCUGCAGGGCUACGGCGCCGCAGACCUGUCGCUGGCCCAGGCGGGGCCAGGCUGCGGCCUGCGGGACGAGGGCCUCUUCGUCACCUUCGACAUCGGCCUCCUGUCCUGCGGCACGGCCUUCGAGGAGGACUCUCAGCGGUUCAUCUUCACCCAGCGCCUGCGACUCCAGCGGACCUCCGACUCGGUGAUCACCUACCAGAUACGCAAAGUCGACAUCGUCCUCCAGUGCAUCUUGAAGCGAGUGAUGCUGCUGACGAGCGAGCGUCUGCGGCCCGGCGUGGAGCUCGUCUCGCUGAGCCACGCGGAGCGCGGGGAGCUGCGUGCCGCCAUGCGCUUCUACGACGCCGCCGACUUCUCGCGGGCGUACGGAGACCACGACUACCCCCUGCGCCCCUCCAACUUCCAGCGCCUCUACUUCGAGUGCUCGUUGGAAGGCGCCAACUCCUCCCUGGGCCUGGUGAUCGUCACUCAGUACUGCUACGCCACGCCGUCCCGAGACCCCGCCGACCCCGUGCGCUACGCACUCGUCUCUCGCAGGUGCAUCGCGGAGAAGUGGGUGAUGAACCACACGAUGCAGCCGUGGGCCAACCGGUUCAGCUUCCUUGCGUUCGCCUUCCUUGACCACCCCAACGAGGUUUACCUGCACUGCGGCGUGCUGGCGUGCCGCCGGGACUCUCUGGAGCCGGACUGCCUCGUGCGCUGCCCUCCGCCCGCGCCGGGGGCAGCUGGCGGCAGGGGGGAGCGGGGCUCGGAGGGCAGCGGCUUCGUGGUGCUCACGGGGGGACCCAUCGUCCUGCCGGGCGGCGGCGGCGGCGGUCGCGGCGUUUCGUCCACGACAAGUCGCCAUCACAACGCCACCUCCAUGGCGCUGGCCACGUCGGCGCUGGCGACCGCCCUGCUGCUGCUGCUCCUGGUGGUGGCACGGAACGUCAGGAAGUCCCGUGACGGCGCCACCCGCCAACCCCCAGCUGCUGCCCGGGUGCGGAGUCCAACUGCAGGCGCGCGGGUGUGAUGGACGUGGUGGUGGGUGGUGGGUGUUGGUGGUGGGGUGGGUGGUUUGCCGUGGGUGGUUGGCCGUGGUGGGCGGUGGUUGUGGUGGGUGGUGGUUGUUGUGGGUGGUGGUUGGCCCCUUGGCAGCAAGAACCACGCCUGGGUUCGAUUCGCCGUUCUUUGGCGGUGGGUGGGGGAGCUGCCGAUUUUCGUGCGUGUGGAGUCUGUGGGAAUUCUCUUGGCCCGUGUUCAGCGUGGGGUUUCUUCCCUUGGGGG